UUCCCAGCUCUAAUAAAAAACAUAAACAUACAUUUUUUGUAAAUUUUGUAAAUGAUUUCCUCCAAAUGUCCCUGCCGAAGAUCACAGACUUCGAAAUCCUCGAAAAGCUUGGAGCAGGAAGCUAUGCAACCGUCUACAAGGCGCGACAUAAAAAACAGCGCACUUAUCAUGCCAUCAAGUAUGUGGAAAUGUCGACGCUGUCGCAAUCCUCGCGGGAGAACCUAAUCACGGAAAUACGCCUCUUGCGGGAUCUCAAGCACAAGUACAUUGUGACCCUGCAGGAUUUCUUCUGGGACGACAAAAAUAUUUACAUUGUCCUGGAAUACUGCAAUGCCGGCAAUCUUUCCGCUUUUAUACGAACCAAAAAGGCCUUGCCAGAGAGCACCUGUCGCUACUUUCUGCGCCAGCUGGCAGCAGCAGUGCAGUAUAUGCGGGCCAAUGAUGUCUCCCACUUUGAUCUGAAGCCGCAGAACCUGCUGCUCACCCGGGGAGCCAAUAAUGUGUCCCUCAAAGUGGCCGACUUUGGCUUUGCCCAGCAUCUAAAGUUGGGAGAGAUCAAUCAACAGCUGAAGGGAUCUCCGCUUUACAUGGCCCCAGAGAUUGUACGAAAACAUCAGUACGACGCCAAGGCGGAUCUCUGGAGCAUAGGCGUGAUCCUGUACGAGUGCCUCUUCGGCAAGGCGCCGUAUAGUUCGCGAACCAUUGAAGAGUUGCUGCUGCGCAUUAAGAAUGCCGAGGCCAUAACACUGCCACCCAAUGCUCGCAUUAGCAACGAGUGUCACGAUCUCCUGCGUCGCCUGCUAGCCCACGAACCCACGGCGCGCAUUUCGUUUGCAGAUUUCUUUGCCCAUCCUUUCCUCGAUCUCAAGACCUUUCCCACGGAGCACACUCUGCAAAAGGCCAUUGAUUUGGUUACCCAAGCGUGCUCGUACGAUGAAAAGCACAACUACAAGGAGGCCUAUUAUCUCUAUUGCAGUGCCUUGCAGUAUUUUGUGCCUCUGAUUACGGAGGAGACGGACGCCACCAAGCGUCUAGCUCUCCGGAAUCGAGCUUUGUCUUAUAUGAAGAGAGCAGAGGAGAUCAAAAACUGUAUCAUCGAGGACGAGUACAGGAUGUUGGCCCAGCGGCAAAAGCAGGCGGCUCACACCACAGAGUCUACACCACAGGCUGCACAGAAGGCUGAACCGCAGCCGAGUAGCUCAAGGGUUACAGAAAUGCUGGAACCGGAUGCUCGCUUUAAGCAGCUUUUUGCCCUUUCGAACUCAAGUCCGUCCCUGAAGACUGGCCUGGAAAUCGGACGAAAAGCCGAGUUAUAUCUUUAUGAGCGCAAACUGGACGCGGCCUUGGAAUCGUAUACCUCAGCGUUGGGCAUUCUGGUGCCGUUUGUGAACAAUGAACCAAAGGGCGAACGUCGCAAUCUAUUGCUGCAACAGCUGGAAUUCUGGAUGAAGGAGGCAGAGAGCAUUAAGAGCAUUUUGAGCACCAAGAACCUGGACGAGGAGGAGCAGAAGCUGUCAACGCGCACCUUGGGGAGAACCCACACAUUCCCUGGCCAUUCAGAUCUGUCACGAUUGUAUAUCAUUCUGUUCAUUGUGUUUAAUUUGAUUAAAAUGGUUUAACGAUAACCGGACAAGGGUCUUUUGAUC